UUCCCUGCCCCAUAGCCACGCCCCCCCAAAUCGCCACCAACCCCCUCACUCACUCCCCCUGCCCCCUAAGCCAUUCCCCUGUCCCCUAAAACUGGCUGGGCCCAUGGGUGUGAGCCAGGGCAUGUUUCUGAGGGUGGAGGCGGGAUACCGGGCUAGAUGGGCCCAUGGGUCUGACCCAGGGCUGCUGGUCAAAUCCUUCUCUCUCCGGCUGGCCCUGGGCUUUCCUAACUCAGUUCCCCCAAAGCCCGGGCCCCCCUGGGACAGUUCAGAGCCUGGCUCUCGCCAAGGCCAGCACCUCGCUGCAAGGCUCUGGGGGACUUUUCUUCGUGAGGAGACGGCGGAGUGGGGAGCUCGGUGUGGGUCGCGCCCGGGCUCUGGGCAGGAGGCCAAUAAAUACAGGAUGAGAGAAAAGGGCUCCCUGAGUGUCUGUCUGUCUCUGCGCCCCACGGCGCCCCACAGGGCCCAGCCAGGACUGUCAAGGGGGAGCGCCCCCUGCUGGGCCCCCCGCCUCGUUCCCUGCAGCACAGCGCCCCCUACUGCCCCACGGGGGCCAGCCCUGCCUGCCGGGGGAGCGCAGGGAUGGGGUGGCCAAUGGGAGGGCGGUGGCGGGCGCGUCACGGUUUCCUUUCGCUUCUCGGUGCGAGAGGAAGUGGGCAGAGCAGACGCGGCCAGGUGCAGCCGGAGCUCAAAGCAGCGCAGACGCCGCCAUGGACAAGGAAUACGUCGGGUUCGCCACCCUCCCCAACCAGCUGCAUCGGAAAUCUGUGAAGAAGGGAUUCGACUUUACUCUGAUGGUGGCAGGGGAGUCUGGGCUCGGGAAGUCGACGCUGAUCGACAGCCUGUUCCUGACGGAUCUGUACAAGGAUCGGACCCUGCUGGACGCCCAGGCGCGCGUCCCGCAGACCCUGGCGAUCGAGCGGCACGCUGUGGAGCUGGAGGAAGGCGGCGUCCGGGUGAAACUCACUGUCGUGGACACCCCAGGCUUUGGGGACGCCGUGGACAACGCUGACUGGUGA